GAAAGCUUCCGGACUACAUUAAGAAAAAAAACAACGCCAAGGCAAAACGAAAAGCAUAUCGAAAAGGUACGUUUAUUGGCGACUAUUCAUGCAUUGAUAAAACACCAGGUGGUAGUUGGAUACUGCAAGAAAACUGGAACGUAAAUGUAUUUAAAGCCUGUCUGUUAAGAAGCAACACGUCUAAAAAGUUGCCGCCGUGACCUCACGUACAAGUCAUGUUUUCCCCCACCUGCUGACGUAUUGACUCAUGUACUACACGCCUCACGCUGGCCCAUUCCUACAUGUAAAUUUCCUUUUCGGGAUUCAGACCCAUAUCAAAUUGAUAUAGUUGUCACAUUUGUGGUUUAAACUUAAAGUGAGUAAUUAACAGUGACAGCUAUAAAACAGGAGAUGGCCCAAGGACUGCCCGCAGAAAGGGACAUUUUGACAGCGAUACCUCAGAUACCUGCAGACCCUUCCAUUUAAUCUAAAAUGGAACGGUUCACAAUCUCUAGGAUAUCUUCUUUAUAUAUUUCAUUGAUAGUAUUACUUGGGUUAUGGGAAAUCCAUGCUGUUCCGGAACGACCCAAAUUCUCGCGAUACAGAGGAGACAUUCCCAUAGAGACAGCGACAAAAACGCCCAAACCACGCACCACCACAGCAACCGACUGUGGCAUGACUCCUGCAGACAUAGUGUUUGUUCUCGACUCCUCAAGAAGUAUAUGGAGAGUGGACUUCACACAACAGCUCAAAUUUGUGAAAGAUGUAGUUAGCUCAUUCAGUAUUUCGAAGAACAAGAUUCAAGUUGCUGUUUUGAUAUUCAGUAGUCAGCCACAAGUACAGUUUUUCCUCAACGAAUACCACACCACUGCUGAUGUGGUAAAGGCUAUCGAUAAAAUCCGACAAAGGCCUGGAGAAACCUACACUGGGGAUGCGCUGAUAACUAUGAGGCGUGAUGUUUUCUCCACCAGAAAUGGAGCGCGGCCAGGCGCGAGAAAGAUCGGAAUAGUCAUAACAGACGGCUUAUCAACCGUACCCACUGAGACGGACAGUGCGGCCAAGGCGGCAAAAGAGGCGGGCAUUAAAAUGUUUGCCAUUGGAGUUGGCGAAAUUGCAGAUUUCUCGGAAAUAAAACGUAUUGCCAGUAAACCUGAGAAUGUCUUCACGGUCAAAGGAUAUGAUGCUCUUUAUAAGAUCCGAGAUGAGUUAACACGGAAAACUUGUGGCGUGUUAAACGAUCCAGCAGCAACUUCAGGGACAACUCCUCCUCCGAUCCAUGGCGGAUGGAACACUUGGGAAUCAUGGACCACCUGCACACUCACUUGUGGAGGUGGUACUCAACAUAGAAUGAGAUUGUGCAAUAACCCCUCCCCGGCACACUUCGGAAAAAACUGCCAUGGCUCUAAAGCAGAUUUCAGAGGGUGCAAUAUUCAAAACUGCCCGGAAGACGGGAACUGGUCUCACUGGAGUCCGUGGAGCACGUGUUCUAAGUCAUGUGAAGGGGGGACGAAAACGCGAUAUCGAAUGUGCAAUGAUCCCACCCCUAAACAUGGCGGGCAGCCGUGCAAGGGGGAUAAAGAAGAGAUAAGCUCAUGCAAUCUGCAGCCGUGUUCUAUGCCUUUGGACGGUGCUUGGUCAACAUGGGCGGAGUGGAGUAGCUGUUCCAGUUCGUGUGAUAGCGGUUUCAAAAGGCGUUUUCGUUACUGUAAUUCACCUGCUCCGGAACGAGGAGGGGAAGAUUGCGUUGGCCUUGACGAGGAUAUUGUCCCGUGCAAAGUUCGAGAGUGCCCCGUGAAUGGCGGUUGGUCAGAUUGGGAACAAACUGAUUGCAGUGUUAGUUGCGGUGGCGGUUUGGCAGUACGGACUCGCACCUGCACAGCACCAAAACCAAGCAACGGCGGAGAAGACUGCCGAGGCGAUACGAAAGAAACGCUAUCCUGUAAUACUCAAAAAUGUCCAGUGAAUGGAAAAUGGGAGCCGUGGAGUCCGUGGUCAUCUUGUACGAAAAGCUGUGAAGGAGGCACAAAAUCGCGCAAAAGAAAGUGCGUGCCUCCUCAGCAUGGCGGAAAAGAUUGUAAUGGAGCGGACGAGGAGACAGUCUCGUGUAACACUGACCUCUGUCCAAUCGAUGGUUACUGGACAUCGUGGAGUGCUUGGACAGCAUGUAGCGCAACCUGCGGGGAAGGUAAAAAGAUGAAGAUGCGAGUGUGCAUGCCUCCGUCUUAUGGUGGACUGCCGUGUGGACAGGGGGAGACCACAAUGCAACAAAGCUGCAAAGUAAAGGAGUGUCCAGUUGCUGGUAAUUGGGGCGACUGGUCUGGUUGGACAAAGUGUUCUGUCCCAUGUGGAGGCGGUAAACAGACACGACAGAGAGCAUGUGACAACCCAGCACCUGCACACGGGGGACAAGAAUGCCAAGGGGAUAGGGAGCAAUCUCAAGAAUGCAACAAAAAAGCCUGUGCAGACGAAUCCAAACCCGAACUGGUGAAAUGCGGAGAAAAUCCUGCCGACAUAGUAUUUGUGGUCGACGCAUCUUCAAGUAUUUGGCCAGAAGAUUUCAAGAAGUUAAGGAUUUUUCUGCGCGACGUGGUAGCUGAAUUUAACAUCGGGAAAGAUAAAACCCAAGUUGCUCUCAUGCUUUUCAGCGACCGCCCCCGUGAUCAAUUUUACCUGAACACAUACAGCAAGAAAGACUAUCUUCUCCGUCACAUGUUAGCCGUGCAACAAAUGGGAGGAGGUACACGAACAGACAAAGCUCUGGAAAAAGUAAUGACAGGACGUUUUCUGAAACCUCAGUUUGGUGCCAGAGCCGACGCCAAGAAAGUUGUGAUUGUAAUUUCUGAUGGCCAGUCAUAUUACCCGGAAAAGACCUCUGAGGCUGCGGCAAAGUUAAAAAAAUUCACUUCGUCCCCGCCCAUUGUCCUCGCGUUGGGAAUAGGUGGCCAAGUGAACUUUAGGGAACUCUACAGCAUAGCUACCUCUCCCGUCCACAGCCACGUAUUCCGUGCGAUUGACUACAAUUCGUUAGCACAGAUUAAAGAAAUGGUUGCAGAAAAAGCAUGUGAAGGUACCCGAUAGCACAGAUUAAGAUCUGCGUGGUGCUACGUUAACUGGUGCUUUUCACCCAGGAAUACCAAGGAAUAUUUCCACUUUUUGUCCGCGUCAGUGAGUCUCAGGAACGUCUAUGCACAAAGUCUGCCUGCGGAUCAGUGUGGAGCGUCUCAUCUCGUUUUUCGCUCGACUUCAUUCGAUUCCACUUCUGGGAUAUUUUCAAAAACGAAAUUAGAAGGGAGAAUUUUUA